UGUAGCAUCAGGUCUGUUCCUCUUACAGCAGUGUUUGUUGUUCUCUGGGUGUUUUAACUGGACUGUGUAUGAGGAUGGAUUAGGACGGAGCAGAGACUGGAGGACGAGACGUCCAUCACACGCCCUGGUGUCCACGUCCACGGUGCUGUCCCCCCACAGCCGAGACUCCAGAGACUAUCACACAGCUGUAAACACGUGUGCGCCGUUUCUCGUGGGCGCGCUGUGAUUGGAGGAAGCCACGGAAGACGCAGCCUUUCUCCGCCCGCUUACAUCGUGAUUGGCCGGCAGAGCCUCUGCUCAUGUCUCUCCAUCUGGAUGACCCAUCGGAUGGCACCGCGAGGCUCCCUGGGAAAUGUAGUCCUGCUGUCGCUGAACAACAUGCAUGAACUGUGCUCUGGGGACUACAAAGAGCGGAAGGGGCGGAGCUUCGUCUACACCUGAAAACCCAUUCAUGUCGUUCAGGUUCAGUUUCUGUCGGAGGCAGCGAUGACUGAGGGGACUGAACUUCGGAGGAGAGGGGGCCCCUACAAGACCGAGCCGGCCACGGACCUGAGCCGCUGGAGGCUGGCUAACGUUGAGGGCAGGCAGACGUGGCGCUAUGUGGACGAAGAGGACACCCCGGACAGAGAGCAGACCAUGCUGGAGGCCCACUCAGUGGGUCUGGACACGAGCAAGUUUGUGUGUGAUUCGCCUGCUGCCCAGAACGCUCUGGAGGCUGUGGCGAAAGGGAUGCACUUCUACAGUCAGCUCCAGGCCGAGGACGGUCACUGGGCUGGGGACUACGGGGGACCUCUGUUCCUGCUCCCAGGUCUACUCGUCACAUGCCACGUGGCCAGCAUCCCUCUGCCCGACGCCUGGAAGAAGGAGAUGGUGAGAUACUUGCGCUCGAUUCAGCUGCCGGAUGGAGGCUGGGGUCUCCACAUUGAAGAUAAGUCCACGGUGUUUGGCACCGCCCUGAACUAUGUCUCCCUGAGGAUCCUGGGAGUCGGUCCAGACGACCCAGACGUGGUUCGGGCGAGGAACAACCUGCACAGCAAAGGUGGCGCUGUUGGGAUUCCCUCCUGGGGUAAAUUCUGGUUGGCUAUUUUAAACGUGUACAGUUGGGACGGACUGAACACACUCCUGCCAGAGAUGUGGCUGCUCCCGACGUGGACGCCGUGUCACCCGUCUACGCUGUGGUGUCACUGUCGGCAGGUUUACCUCCCGAUGAGCUACUGCUACGCUGUCAGACUGUCUGCGGAGGAAGACGCUCUGGUCCUCAGCCUCAGACAGGAGCUGUAUGUGCAGGACUACGCCACCAUCGACUGGCCGGCUCAGAAGUUCAACGUGGCGCCGUGUGACCUGUACACACCUCACAGCAAACUGCUCACGGUCGCCUACAUGGUGUUGAACGUGUAUGAAGCCUACCACAGCAGCACAGUGAGAGGCUGGGCUGUCAAAGAGCUGUACGACCACAUCGUGGCUGACGACCGCUUCACCAAAUGCAUCAGCAUCGGGCCGAUCUCCAAGACCAUUAACAUGCUGGUUCGCUGGUAUGCGGACGGUCCCUCCUCUCCAGCCUUUCAGCAGCACGUGGACCGGAUCGCAGACUAUCUCUGGUUGGGUUUGGAUGGCAUGAAACAGCAGGGGACAAAUGGAUCUCAGCUCUGGGACACCUGCUUCGCUGUGCAGGCUUUCCUUGAGGCAGGAGCUCAGGACGACCCCAAACUGGCCAAGUGUCUGGAUGACGCCCAUCACUUCCUCAGCAUCACACAGAUACCUGAUAAUCCUCCUGAAUACCAGAAGUACUACAGGCAGAUGAACAAGGGAGGUUUCCCCUUCAGUACCCGUGACUGUGGCUGGAUCGUGUCUGACUGCACGGCCGAGGGCCUGAAGUCCAUGAUGCUGCUGGAGGAGCUCUGUCCCGUCAUUAACCAGCGUGUCCCUCCCCAGCGUCUGUACGACGCCGUCAACGUGCUGCUGAACAUGAAAAACACAGAUGGUGGUUUUGCCACUUAUGAAACUAAGAGAGGAGGGAGACUCCUGGAGCUGCUCAACCCUUCUGAAGUGUUUGGUGACAUCAUGAUAGAUUAUACCUACGUGGAGUGCACCUCUGCAGUCAUGCAGGCUCUGAGUCACUUCCACAAAGUCCACCCCGACCACCGCGCUGAGGAGAUAAGGUCCACUCUGAGAGAUGGACUGAACUUCUGCAGGAGGAUUCAGAGGCCUGAUGGAUCCUGGGAAGGGUCCUGGGGAGUGUGCUUCACGUAUGGAAUGUGGUUUGGCCUCGAAGCCUUCGCUUGUAUGGGUCACGUCUACAAGGACAACGACGCCUGCGUAGAGGUCCAGAAAGCGUGUCGGUUCCUGCUGGACCGGCAGAUGUCGGAUGGAGGGUGGGGGGAGGACUUUGAGUCGUGCGAGCAGCGGCGCUACAUCCAGAGCAGCGCUUCUCAAAUCCACAACACCUGCUGGGCUCUGUUAGGACUGAUGGCUGUCAGGCAUCCUGACACACAGGCCAUUGAGAGGGGAGCACAGCUGCUGGUUGACAAGCAGCUUCCCAAUGGAGACUGGCCACAGGAGAAUAUCGCAGGUGUGUUCAACAAGAGCUGCGCCAUCAGCUACACGUCCUACAGAAACGUCUUCCCCGUCUGGGCCCUCGGCCGCUUCAGAAGACUUUAUCCCAGCAGUCUGUUAGCGGGGAAGGUCAAGCUGUGAGGAUGGAUGAGACGACUUUAACUAAAGUACGAUACAUUAGCCGGGUUCACACGGAGACUUUUUUUCUCAUUCCAGGUGAACUGUUGACACGUGAGGUGAUUUAUUCCACUGCUUUUAAUCAGACGUGUGACAGACGGAUGAAAACAUCACGUGACCGAUCAAAGAUGGACGUCUCUCGUCUAAUCAGCAGUAGCUGCUAUUGUUUUAACACUUUUAUUAUUAAAGACAGUUUGUGGGCUCAUAGCCACUUUUUGCUGUUGUGUUGUUCAGCCUCACAGGAGCCGGUUUUCCAGGUUUUCCAGCUCCAUUCAGUUCAUUUUUGAAGGACCAUUUCUGUUUUUUUCUGCCGUCUAAGCGUGAGAUCAUGUCUAACUCUGUCAGAGUUGUUAUUAAAAACAAGCUCAGACAGAAUGGACCUGACUUCUUUCACCGUUUUACGUGAGUUCGGUUUGGGAAAAGGAAUAUUCAUUGAAGCCCAAUGAAAUUUCAUAAAGUUUCGACCUGUUUAUUCCGAUUGACAUGUUUAUUAAAUAAAACGUUUUUAUUCGGUUUGAGCUUCUAAUCAGAAUAUUAGUCUCCUUGUAAACCCAGCUAAUGACAGAAACCGUCCAGACGUUCAGUGGAUGGAGUCGUUUUUCAGGACUGAUGUAAUGAAUGUGCUUCGUGGACGUUACAUCCAUUAAAGCUGCUCUUUGAUAUAUUCAGUUUUAACAAAACACAUUUGUGCCCAUGUUGCCUUAUAUCACAUGUUUUUGUAAUUAUCUCAGCAUUUGGUUUUAGAAUAAAUAUUUUUUUCUAUCUGUCA